AUGGGCCGCGUGGCAGCAUCAGCCUCCUCCACGAUGCCGUCUCACGAUACAACUCGUCUUUUGGUUCUUCCUCUGAUUCUUCACUCUCGUUUCUUUCUGCCGCUAUAGCUAAAAUCAAUGGCGACAAUCUCUUCCGUCUAUUCUCUUCAAUUCGGAGAUUUCCACUCCGAAAUUAACCUCAACUCAUUCUAUAUCCGAGUCGAGGUAGCAGAGAAGGGGAAUGUUUUAAUCGAGAAAAAGGCAGAUGGAGAAUGCAGAGAUGAAGAUGAUGAUGAUGAUGUGAAUAAGGAGACAGGUGAGAUCGGUGGCCCUAGAGGCCCUGAGCCUACUCGUUACGGCGAUUGGGACCACAACGGUUGCUGCUAUGAUUUAUGAAAGAUUUCAUCAAUUUAUCCUCAUAUCAUUCUGAUCUGAAGUCAAUUCAGACUUCCAAAUCCAAUCUUCAAGCAGCAUCUUCUGUUCUUCAUCAAUAAUGGGUACUCUCUUUGACUUUUUAUUAUUUUUAAUGUAAAGUUAUGAUUAUGUCUUUCAUUUCAUUAAUAGUGUAAAUUAAAGAUUCAUUUUUCAUGAGAUUUUGAGCAAUUUUUCUUAAUCCUGUUUCUGGUCAUUGUUUGUUUGUUUCCCUUAAACAAAUUUGGGAAACAAUUCUUCUUCUGAAUUCAGACAUUCUUCUUUGUUACCAUUUACACACUUUUCCUUUAUGAAGAACUAAUUUCAUCUCCAUUGCAGCAUAACCAUAGAUGUUUUUAUAAUUUUAUCUAUGCAUUUAGGUGGUAGGUGUACAUUGCUUCUUUGCAAGCCCUUUUAGCAUUAAUGAAUAUUAUGUGUUUAAUCUGUUAUAUCCAUUAAUGAAUAUUGAUCUUGAAC